UAUAUCACUCUACGGUUCAGUAGUUUCGUGUACAAAAAUCUUCCUUAAACGACACUGCAAAAUUCGUUCAUUCCUUCGACACUCUCUCUCAACUCCAGGGUUUGUAUUCAAAAUCUCCAUCAAAGAUCACAGCUUUCCACUCUCUCUCGGAGAUUGAGGCAGUUGUUUCUGUGCUGAUACAAUCCAGACAGUAAAUAUGUAUUUUGAUGGAUAUGGAUAUCAUGGAACAUCAUUUGAGCAAACAUAUCGAUGUUACCCUGCAUCUUUUAUUGAUAAGCCACAGAUUGAAAAUGGUGAUAAAAUUAUAAUGCCCCCCUCAGCCCUUGACCGUCUUGCAUCUCUUCAUAUUGAUUAUCCUAUGUUGUUUGAACUUCGCAAUGUUGCUACUGAGCGCAUUUCUCAUUGUGGCGUUCUUGAGUUCAUUGCAGAAGAAGGCAUGAUAUAUAUGCCUUACUGGAUGAUGGAGAAUCUGCUCUUACAAGAAGGAGACAUUGUGCGAGUGAAAAAUAUGACUCUCCCAAAAGGGACAUAUGUUAAGCUGCAACCCCAUACAAAAGACUUCUUGGAUAUAUCCAAUCCAAAGGCCAUCUUGGAGACAACACUGAGGAACUUUUCUUGCUUAACAACAGGUGAUAGUAUUAUGGUGGCAUACAAUAAUAAGAAGUACUACAUAGAUAUCAUUGAAACAAAGCCUUCUCAUGCAAUAAGUAUCAUUGAGACAGACUGCGAGGUGGACUUUGCACCUCCCCUUGAUUACAAGGAACCUGAAAAACUUGUUGCCGCUGUUCCUCCAAGCAAGGCACUGGCCAAAGGUCAAGAGGCUCCAGCUGAAACCGAGCCAAAAUUCAACCCAUUUACAGGAUCAGGGAGACGUUUGGAUGGGAAACCCUUGAAUUACCAGCCCCCAUCUGUAUCUUCCUCUUCCUUUGGGUCCAAAGACAAGCGACCAAACAUUGCCAAUGGUGGUGGGCAGCGUUCUUCUGCAGGGUCUACUUCACAAGGCACCACUCGUGAAACUCAGGGGAAGCUUGUUUUUGGCGGAAAUGUAAAUCGCACAAAGGAUCCACAAAAGGAAGCUGCAAAAGAGCCAAAGCAAGAGCAGCCCCCGAAGAAAGAAGAACCGAAGUUCCAGCCUUUUACAGGUAGAAAGUACUCGCUGAAGGGCUGACUAAAAUCAAUGCCUUUAAAUUAUACUGUUCUUCGCCGUGCUUUGAGGAUCAUAUUAAGCUGAGAUAUUGUACAAUCAAGCAAAUGGAACAGUGGAUUCUUGUUUCAAAAUGAAGAAGAAAAUUUAAAAAAAAAAAAAAUUAACUUACACAUUUUGUUUAUGACGUGUUGCGAUUGGGCCAAUGUAAACCUCUUUUUCACUUCUUUGUCCUGCCCUUGCAUUGUUGUUACCAAUGUGUAUCUUGUUGGGACCUUAUUGAGACUGACA